CAGGGAUAAAGUGCAGUGCGCAUGCGUAAGGCCACAGAGCGGUGGAAGACUCUGGACCGCAGGACACUGAACAGUUCAAACGCAGCGGAGCCAGCGACAGGAACACAAGACUACAACUCCAAACUAUCUAAGAAAGAAAGCGGGGGGAAAACCCGUUAACGAGAUGCCGGUUACAGAGAAAGACUUGGCAGACGACGCGCCAUGGAAGAAAAUCCAACAAAACACUUUUACGCGCUGGUGCAACGAGCACUUAAAGUGUGUGAACAAGAGGAUAGCCGACUUACAGUUGGACCUGAGCGACGGGCUGCGACUUAUCGCCCUGCUGGAGGUACUGAGCCAGAAGAAGAUGUACCGAAAGUAUCAUGCUAGACCUACUUUCCGCCAGAUGAAACUCGAGAACGUGUCCGUGGCGCUGGAGUUCUUGGACCGGGAGAAUAUCCGACUCGUUUCCAUAGACUCUAAGGCCAUAGUGGAUGGUAACAUGAAACUGAUCCUGGGCAUGGUGUGGACCCUGAUCCUCCACUACUCCAUCUCCAUGCCAGUGUGGGAAGACGAGGUGGAUGACGAGGCCGAGAAGAAGACUCCAAAGCAGAGGCUUCUGGGAUGGAUCCAGAAUAAAGUGCCAGACUUGCCCAUCAACAACUUCAGCAGAGACUGGCAGAGUGGCAAGGCCCUGGGAGCCCUGGUCGACAGCUGUGCUCCAGGUCUGUGUCCUGACUGGGAGACGUGGGACAACAAGCCCUCGGACAACGCCCAAGAGGCCAUGCAGCUAGCUGACGACUGGCUGGGCAUCCCUCAGGUGAUUGCACCAGAGGAGAUCAUUGACCCCAGUGUGGAUGAACAGUCCGUGAUGACCUACCUGUCCCAAUUCCCAAAAGCCAAACUGAAGCCUGGUGCUCCCCUCAAACCCAAACUCAACCCCAAGAAGGCCCGUGCAUAUGGACCAGGUCUGGAGCCAGUAGGUAACAGGGUGUUGCGUCCUGCUGUCUUCACGGUGGAUGCUUUCAGUGCAGGUCAGGGACAGGUCACUGUUUACGUGGAGGAUCCAGAAGGAACCAGAGAAGAGGUGAAGGCGGUUCCUAACGAAGGGAAGAAAACCUUCAGUGUCACCUACAUACCCCAGGUUAUGGGUCAUCACAAGGUGACUGUGCUGUUUGCAGGCCAGCAGAUCCCCAAGUCUCCGUUUGAGGUGAGCGUGGACAAGGCUCAGGGAGACUCCACCAAGGUUACAGCCAAAGGGCCUGGACUGGAAGCUAUAGGAAACAUAGCCAACAAACCUACGUACUUCGACAUCUACACUGCAGGGGCAGGAGUGGGAGAAGUGUCGGCUUUAAUCAAGGAUCCCCAGGGCAGACCGUUGGAGGCCAUGGUGGAGGAUAAGGGAGACAGUGUGUUCAGGUGUACCUACAAGCCCACCCAGCAAGGUCCUCACACAAUCACCGUCACCUUCGGAGGCAUCGCCAUACCCAAGAGUCCUUCUACUGUCAACAUUGGACCAGCGUCAAUGCCAGGGUCGUGUCGUGCCACAGGGCGUGGCCUCCAGCCCAGAGGUGUCAGAGUGAAACAGGUGGCUGACUUCAGAGUGGACACCAGGAACGCAGGGAGUGGGGAUCUCAAGGUCUCAGUCAAAGGCCCCAAAGGUAUGGAGGAGCCAGUGAAACAGAAGGAGUCUGGUGAUGGGGUGUUUAACUAUGACUAUUACCCUCACGCCCCUGGGAAGUACACUGUCACCAUCACCUGGGGAGGACAGCACAUCCCUAAGAGUCCGUUUGAGGUGGGUGUUGGUCCGGAGGCGGGCCCUCAGAAGAUCAGGGCCUGGGGGCCAGGUCUGGAGGGAGGCAUGGUGGGUAAAUCGGCUGACUUUGUGGCGGAAUCCAUCGGCACUGAUGUGGGAGUUCUGGGCUUUGCCAUCGAGGGCCCGUCCCAGGCUAAAAUAGAGUGUGAGGACCAGAACGAUGGUUCAUGUGAUGUGAAGUACUGGCCAUCGGAGGCAGGGGAGUACGCUGUCCACGUGAUGUGUGACGACGACGAUAUAGAGGAUAGUCCCUUCAUGGCUUACAUCGUUCCUGACAACCAGGACAUCAACCCCAGCUUGGUGAAGGCCUACGGUCCAGGCCUGGAGAAGAGUGGCUGUGUCAUCAACAAACCGGCAGAAUUCACUGUCAACACUAAGGAUGCUGGGACAGGCCCCCUGAAGAUCUCUGCCCAGAGUGCCGAGGGCGGUCCCCUCGACGUUAAGGUGAAGAAGACUGGAGACGGUGUCUACGCCUGUUCCUACACGCCCGUUGCCGCGGUCAAACACACAGUCGCCAUCACCUGGGCAGGAGUCAGUGUACCCAACAGUCCCUUCAGGGUGACUGUUGGGAAGGGCAGCCAUCCUCACAAGGUGAAGGUUUUCGGUCCAGGAAUAGAGAGGACUGGACUGAAGGCCAAUGAACCCACACACUUCACUGUGGACUGCACAGAGGCUGGGGAAGGGGACGUGAGUGUGGGUAUCAAGUGUGAUGCCAAUAUAAUCAGUGAUAAAGAGGAGGACGUGGACUUCGAUAUCAUCCCAAAUGCCAACGACACCAUCACUGUGAAGUACAUCCCUCCUGGAGCUGGACGGCUCACCAUCAAGGUCCUCUUCACUGACCAGGAGAUUCCCAUCAGCCCGUUCAGGGUCAAAGUGGAACCUUCCCAUGAUGCCACCAAGGUCAAGGUCGAGGGUCCUGGAGUGGCUCGUUCAGGAGUGGAGUGUGGCAAACCGACCCAUUUUACGGUGCACACUAAAGGAGCAGGCAAGGCUCCCGUGGACGUCCAGUUCACUGGUACCGGCAAGGGAGACGCUGUCCAAGACUAUGACAUCAUCGACAACUACGACUACUCGCAUACCGUCAAGUAUACUCCAAUACAACAGGGAGAGAUGGUAAUCAUCAUAACGUUUGGAGGAGAUGUCAUCCCCAAGAGUCCCUUUGCUGUGGGAGUGGCUGCCCCUCUGGAUGUCACCAAGGUCCAGGUCAACAACCUGGAUGGCAGAGUGGAGGUGGGGCAGGACCAGGAGUUUGUGGUGGGCACCAAGGGAGCGGGAGGCCAGGGUAAACUGGAGGUGAAGAUCAGCAGCCCUAGCGGUAAGCUUGUCCCCUGUGUGUUGGAGGCUCAGCCUGGGAAGAAACCCGAGAACAGCACGGUGAAGUACAUCCCCAAGGAGGAGGGUCUCUAUGCUGUGGAGGUGAACUACGAUGGACACCCAAUCCCAGGCAGCCCCUUCCCUGUGGAGGCCACACUGCCUCCAGACCCCAGCAAGGUUAAGGCGUUUGGUCCAGGUCUGAAGGGAGGUUUGGUGGGGAAUCCCGCUGAGUUCACCAUCGACACUAAGGGUGCAGGGACCGGUGGCCUGGGCCUGACUGUGGAGGGGCCCACCGAAGCCAAGAUCGAGUGUUCUGAUAACGGGGACGGGACCUGUAGCGUGUCUUACCUACCCACGGAGCCAGGAGAGUACCUGGUUAACAUCCUGUUUGAGGAGACCCAUAUCCCAGGAUCCCCCUUCCACUCUGACGUCAACUGCCCCUUUGACCCCACCAAGGUGGUGGCAUCUGGCUCGGGGCUGAAGAGGGCCAAGGUGGGAGAGGUCAGUGUGGUGAAUGUGGACUGUUCCAGGGCUGGACCGGGUCAACUCACCCUGGACGCUGCCUCUGAUUCUGGCAACAAUAAGGCGAAGACUGAGGUGAUCGACAACAAAGAUGGCACCUACACAGUGACCUACGUGCCCCUGACCGCUGGGAUGUACACCCUGCUACUGAAGUACGGAGGCAAGGCGACGCCCGGGUUCCCUGCCAAGGUGAUGGUCGACCCCGCAGUGGACACAUCCAGAAUCCAGGUGUUUGGCCCCGGAGUGGAGGGAAAAGCGUUGUUCCGGGAAGCUACUACGGAGUUCACAGUAGAUGCCAGGUCUCUGACUAAGAAGGGAGGUGACCACAUCAAAGCCCAGGUCAGAAAUCCCUCUGGUGCCAUGACUGACUGUAUCGUCACUGACAAGGCGGACGGGACCUAUGGCAUUGAGUACACACCCUUUGAAAACGGAGUCCAUGCUGUGGAGGUGCUGUACGAUGAGUCUCCGGUCCCAAAGAGUCCCUUCCAGGUGGGGGUAGAGGAGGGCUGUGAUCCUACCAGGGUUCUGGCUAAGGGCCCCGGGCUCCAGGAGGCCAUCACAGAGGCCCCCAACAACUUCUCCAUCAUCACCAGAGGGGCAGGUAUCGGAGGCCUGGGCAUCACAGUCGAGGGCCCAUCGGAGUCUAAGAUGUCCUGUAAAGACAAUAAGGACGGCAGCUGUAACGUAGAGUACAUCCCAUUCGUCCCAGGCCUGUACGACGUUAACAUCACGUAUGGAGGAAAACACAUCCCAGGCAGUCCAUUCAAGGUACCAGUGAAGGACAUGGUUGACCCCAGCAAGGUGAAGAUCUCUGGACCCGGCGUGAGCUCAGGUGUCCGCGCCAAUAUCCCACAAUCCUUUACUGUGGACUGCAGCAAGGCUGGGGUGGCUCCGCUGUCUGUAGCCGUCACCGCACCAAAAGGUGUGGCUGAGCCGGUGGAGGUGACUAACAACGGAGAUGGAACACACACUGUAGCCUACACCCCUUCAGUGGAGGGACCCUACUCUGUAGUGGUCAAGUACGCUGACGAGGAGAUCACACGCAGUCCCUUCAAGCUGCGAGUGCUGCCUACCCAUGAUGCCAGUAAGGUGGUGGCUAGUGGUCCAGGUCUAACCACCGGAGUGCCAGCCAGCUUUCCAGUGGAGUUCACCAUCGAUGCCAAGGACGCAGGAGAGGGACAACUAUCCGUCCAGAUCACAGACCAAGAUGGGAAGCCGAAAAGGGUUGGUAUCCAGGACAACCGUGACGGGACCUAUCUGGUGUCGUACGUACCUGACAAGGUGGGGCGGUACACCAUCGUGAUCAAGUACGGAGGAGAUGAGAUCCCUGCCUCGCCCUACCGGGUCAGAGCCACGUCCUCAGGAGACGCCAGCAAAUGCACCGUCACAGGUCCUGGUAUCGCCCCCGUCAUCGCGGUCGGGGAAGAGGUGGGCUUUGUGGUGAACGCUAAGGCAGCUGGGAAGGGGAAGGUGACGUGUAUCGUGGUGACGCCGGAUGGGACCGAGGUGGAGGCUGAUGUCAUCCAGAACGAGGACGGAACAUUCGAUAUCUUCUACACCGCCCCGACCCCCGGGAACUAUGUCAUAUACGUACGAUUUGGAGGGGAGAACGUCCCCAAGAGCCCCUUCAAAGUCAUGGCGACUGAUGAGGAUCCAAUGAUGCAGCAACAGUCAGCCAAUCAGCAGUCAGCUGCUCCUGGAGCCGCCGGAUUCCAGCCCUGGGUCACAGACGGGUCCUAUAACCCAGCCAACCGUAUGAACGGAACCGGUUUCAGGCCCUUCGACAUGGUCAUUCCUUUCGCCUUCCGCAAGGGAGAGAUCACAGGUGAGGUCCACAUGCCGUCGGGGAAGACUGCUCAGCCUGAGAUCAUGGACAACAAGGACGGGACAGUCACAGUGAAGUUUGCCCCCACUGAGGCCGGUCUACACGAGAUGCACAUCAAGUACAACGGAACGCACAUUCCAGAGUCUCCUCUGCAGUUCUAUGUGAACAACGCCAACAGUGCCAAUGUGACUGCCUCCGGUCCCGGUCUGGUCUACGGCGUCGCCAACAAGACCGCCAUGUUCACCAUCUACACAGAGGACGCUGCCGAGGGAGGUUUGGACUUGGCCAUCGAGGGUCCUUCCAAGGCAGAUAUCACCUGUGUGGAUAAUAAAGAUGGUACCUGCACAGUGACCUACCUUCCUGUUCUCCCUGGAGACUACCAUAUCCUGGUCAGAUACAACGACAAGCACAUCGCUGGCAGCCCCUUCAACGCUAGGAUCACCGAGGAGAAACGUUGUUCCCAGUUGAAGUUGGGUUCUGCAGCUGACUUCUCCCUGGACAUUACAGAAACUGACCUGUCUCUACUUACCGCCAGCAUCAAAGCCCCCUCUGGCCGCGACGAACCCUGUCUGCUCAAGAGACAGCCCAACAACCACAUCGGUAUUUCCUUCAUCCCGAGGGAGGUUGGGGAGCACGUGGUGAGCAUCAAGAAGAAUGGCUGCCAUGUUCCCAACAGCCCCAUCACAAUCAUGGUUGUGCAAUCUGAGAUCGGCGAUGCCUCCAAGGUCAAGGUGUACGGACAGGGGCUGGUCGAGGGACACACCUUCGACGUGUCUGACUUUGUGGUCGACACACGAGAAGCAGGUUAUGGGGGUCUGGCCCUAUCUGUUGAGGGACCCAGUAAGGUGGACAUCCAGACCCAGGACGUGGAGGAUGGGACAUGUGUCGUCUCCUACUGCCCGUCAGAACCAGGCUCUUACAUCGUCUCCGUACGCUUCGCUGACCAACACGUGCCAGGUAGCCCGUUCUCGGUGAAGGUGACCGGUGAGGGCCGUAUCAGAGAGAGCAUCACCAGGAGACAGAAGGCUGCUUCCAUAGCCACUGUCGGUAGUGUCUGUGACCUCAACCUCAAGAUACCAGAGAUCGACAUCCAUGACGUGUCAGCCCAGGUAACCAGUCCCUCUGGCGCCACAGAGAAGGCAGACAUGGAGGCGGUGGGGCCCAGCACCUACUGCGUACGCUUCGUUCCCCAUGAGAUGGGAAUUCACACGGUGGAUGUGAAAUACAGGGACCAGCACAUUCCAGGGAGCCCCUUCCAGUUCACUGUGGGGCCCCUGGGAGAGGGAGGGGCUGGAAAGGUCAGGGCUGGUGGACCAGGCCUGGAGAAGGCCGAGUGUGGAGAACCAGCUGAGUUCAGUAUCUGGACACGGGAGGCUGGUGCCGGUGGUCUGUCCGUCGCUGUAGAGGGGCCCAGCAGAGCUGAGAUCUCCUUUGAAGACAGGAAGGAUGGAUCCUGUGAGGUGUCCUACGUAGCUCAGGAGCCUGGUGACUACGAGGUGUCUGUGAAGUUCAACGAGGAGCACAUCCCAGACAGCCCGUACCUUGUGCCUGUCGUGGCGCCUACGGACGACGCCCGGCGUCUCACUGUUGCUAGUCUUCAGGAGUCUGGCCUCAAGGUAAACCACCCAGCAUCCUUUGCGGUACAUCUGAACGGUGCCAAGGGAACCAUCGACGCCAAGGCCCACUCACCCUCUGGAGCUCUGGAGGAAUGUGCUGUGUCUCAGCUAGAGCAAAAUAAGUAUGCUAUCAGGUUCAUUCCGCGUGAGAACGGGCUCCACUCCGUCGACGUCCAGUUCAAUGGCAGCCACAUCCCCGGGAGCCCCUUCCAGGUGCGGGUGGGAGAGCCUGGUCAGAGUGGAGACGCAGGGCUGGUCACUGCACACGGAGCUGGACUGGAGAGAGGGACCACAGGCCAGCAGUCAGAGUUCAUCAUCAACAACACCAAGGCGGGCCCCGGGGCCCUGGCGGUGACGAUUGAGGGCCCCUCCAAGGUCAAGAUGGACUGCCAGGAGUGUUCAGAGGGAUACAAGGUCCAGUACACUCCCAUGGCCCCUGGGAACUACCUGGUUUCCAUCAAAUAUGGAGGACCCAACCACAUCACUGGCAGCCCCUUCAAGGCCAAAGUCACAGGUCAGCGCCUGGUGAAUGUGAGUAACGCCAGUGAGACGUCCUCCCUGAUGGUGGAGUCAGUAACCAAAUCAUCCAGUACCAACUCUCACAGCGCCCUGCCUCGUUCUGCCUCCGACGCCAGUAAGGUGGCCACCCGUGGCCCAGGCCUCAGCAAGGCCUACAUGGGUCAGAGAGCCAGCUUCUCCGUCGACUGCAGCAAGGCUGGUAAGAACAUGUUGCUGGUUGGCGUCCACGGCCCCCACAUCCCCUGCGAGGAGGUAUCAGUGAAACACAUGGGGAACGUGCAGUAUAACGUCUCCUAUAUCCUCAAGGAGAAGGGCGACUACAUCCUGGUUGUCAAGUGGGGCGAGGAUCACGUCCCCGGCUCCCCCUUCCAUGUCACUGUCCCCUAGAGACCUGGGCGAAGCUCCAAAUGGCACCCUUAUUCCCUCUGUAGUGCACUACGUUGACCAGUACUGCAUGAGGAAUAGUGUACACUUUACUGUCCUCUCUUCACCUCUAUGCCAUCUGUCUACCAGACGGUCCUCUUCACCUCUAUGCCAUCUGUCUACCAGACGGUCCUCUUCACCUCUAUGCCAUCUGUCUACCAGACGGUCCUCUUCACCUCUAUGCCAUCUGUCUACCAGACGGUCCUCUUCACCUCUAUCCCAUCUGUCUACCAGACGGUCCUCUUCACCUCUAUCCCAUCUGUCUACCAGACUGCCAUGGAGGGGAGGAGCCAGAUAUUUGUUUAAACACAAAAACCCCUUAAUACACCCUAUAGUUAUUAUUAUGAAUGGAACAAUUUGCACUCAACAAUAAUAUAGUUUAAAGUAAAUGAAUGACAUUGUUAUCAACUAAAUAUGUCAAAACAAGUUAACCGAGCCCAAGUGAUUAAGUCUAGACUUAAGUUUUUUGUUUACUACUGAUGGUUGUGGUGAUUGUACAGCAACACUAUAGAUGUUAUCCUAUGUUUUCAGCCUAAACACCUGUGAUUCAGCCAUGCUGAAUGCUGCACAAGAUCACUACUCAACCAACCCCUAAUUGUUCUGUUUCUACAAACUACUGUUUUUUUUUUUGCGUGUGUGUGGACUGGACUGAGAGUUCUGCGACUGUCUUCAUGGUGGGUUAAAAAAUGCGCUCUUUAAAAGCUGGAAUGUUCUGGGGUUUUUGUACCGCCUUAUUCAGACCUGUUCUUUAUUUAGCUGUUGACCCCAAGUCUUACGUAUUAAUAACUAUGUAAUGUAGGUCGAUAGGAGAAGAGAUGCAACUGAACUAAAUGGUAGUCUACUCUCUUAACGUUGGACUUUGUCGUAAUCUGAAUUGGUUUCUGUUCAGCUUUUGAAUUAGCGUUUUGACCUUAAUCUGUACGUCAACUCUUCUCUUACCCCAAAAAAAACCAAUCCGUCUCGAGGACUUUGCCAAUUCCUGUCCUUAUAACCUGUAUCUUCAGCAAUAACUUCUGAGAAUAAAUAUGUAUUUGUACUUUC